AUGAUGGAAAUCGACGCACAGCUCGCGCAGCUCUUGGGCACCAUGACCCUCGACGUCCACCGGCACAAGGCCCUCUAUGCAAACGAAGAGCCGGCACGGACACCCCAGCCCACAGACGACGCAGCCAUGUCGGACGCGUCCUCCGACAGCGAGGACUCGACGUACCAGCUCACGCGCUCAACACACCCCUCCACCUCCACCUCAAGCAGCAGCAACGCAAGCGCGCCGCCGCUGUUCUCCGGCUGCGCCUACCUCCAGGCCGUCUCGGCCCAGAUCCGCGCGGGCGUGUACGGCACCACGGGCGGCGACUUCCUCGAGACGAUCUUCACGCACCGCGAGGCGCUCUUCGCGUACCCGGAGGGGCACCGCGGGUGCGCCGCGGGCUUCACCACGCUCGCGCGCGACCUCGAGACGCGCGCGUGGGCGGCCGCGCCUGACGGGGACAUGUCGCUCUGGCAUGGGACGCCCUCUGUGGGCGCACGCCCGGACUGGGACGGGGACAGCGAGGCGGUCUCGGCGUUCAGGAAUGAGGCGUGGGUGAUUGCGAACAGGUUCUGA